CCGAAAGGCGAAAGAUGAGGCAUAGCGUACUGAUCCUAUCCCCCUCCGUCCUCCUCCUCCUCCUCGACGUCCUCCCGUCCUCCCACGCCUUCCUCCCAUCCUCCCUCUCAGGCUCAGCGCUCUUUGCUCCUUCGCGCCUCUCCUCCUCUUGCUCGACCGCCGGAGCUCGCAAGUCAUGGAGCUCAAGCCGAAACCUCGCCCUCCGCAUGGAGUCACCUGUGGAGGAGGCAAAGGCAUGGACAGCGGCAGGGAUGAGCGUCGAAGAGUUCUUUGAGCGAUCGGUUGGCAGCUGGAGGUCCUUGAGGAGCAGCCACAACAUCGCGUUUGCUCAGCUCGAGGAGGUCAAUUCUGACAUCGAUAUCACACAAGUGGCUGCGGAUGACAGCGAGUUUCUUGACAUCUGCAAGACGUACAACUUCGAGCCUGAGAAAGCUUGCAGCUCAAUCAGAAUGUCGUGGGAAGGAUCUUCUGACUGGGAUGAGAACGAGGUCAUCAAAGGCAGCACUGUGCUGGUUCUGUACAAGGACGAGGAGAGGAAGGGAAAGCUUCUUCGCUCGGUUGGAUACACGGAAACUAUCCCUGCUGUUGGCGAAUGGACUAUGCAGGAGGAUGGCACCUUCGUCCUCCACACCUUCUACGACCGCGCUGCAGCCGAGGAGCGGAUCUGGUUCGCCACUCCUGAUCUCAGGAUGCGCUGCUCCAUCAUCAAGACUCAGCAUGGGAAGGGAGUUCUUACCGCCUCUCUGUCCACUGAGGUGCGGGACAAGAGCAAGUGAGGAGACGAGCGGUGCUUGCUCUCUGUGUGAUGAAUCUUUUUAUGUAAAAACAUCUUACCAUGGC